ACAUACUAAUGCAGCAUACAACAAUCGAAGACACACUAGCAACAUCAUCCACCAUUCAUCAACCUUUAGCUCUUGAACCAGGCUCAUCAACAUUCAACAAGGUCUCACGAAGAACAGUUUUAUAUCGUUUUGUUUGAUUAUCAAUUUGUAACGCUAUGCUAUGCUGCUUUCUCCUGCAAGCCAAAUGCAAAUGUAUGACUUCCUCAUUUCAGUAAAUUUUAUUUCAGUUUCAAAGCCCUGCAACGCGGGCAUCAAUACUAUCACUAUAUACUGCACAGAUGUACUAGUAAUACAGUACGAGUGUAUCAUACAUCUAUAGUAAAACUAAAGUAUAUCCAUGGAGAAAGCAGAAAUAACACGUGAGAUUGAAGAAACAGAACAAGAGGAAGAAGAAAUUGAAGAUUUGCAAGCAAGGCGGAGUACAAAAUUACCUAAUAACCUUAAUCCAAAUCACAUCAAAGAAGAUGAUGAUAACGAUGAUUAUAAGCAGCACAAAAGUGCAAAUACUAAUGGCGAAGUUGAAGAUGAUGUUCAUCUCAUACCUACAUCUAUCCAGGAGCUUAAAACGAUUGAUAAUGGAGGAAUUGACGUCUCGGAAGCGGAAUUGUAUCAACAAGUUGAUUUCGAUAACUCGGUGAAAUGUACAGGAAUUACUACUGAACUAUCUUCAAAUGGACACAGUGGCACUGAACAUACUGAUCCUGGGAAAAUUGACGGUGACUGCGUAGCAGAUGUAACAAAAAGUAGUUUAAAUAUUGGAACUGGAGAAUUUUUGAGCCAGGAAAGUGAACUUGAACAUGCAAAACAGCAUGGCAGUUUGUCAGGUUCCAGUCUCUCGCCUUCUGAAAUUUCUGUAGAAGAAGAUAAAACAAGUUUGAAUUUCUCUAACUAUAUAGCAAUACAUAGUACGGAAACUGACCAAUUAUAUGCAAGUGAUCAUCAUGAAGCCACUGAGUUGGAUGUUGAAAGAGUUUUGAGGAAACAGGAUACACAUGACUUGUAUUGUCCAAACUGCAAUUCUUGUAUCACCAAAAGGGUUAUUAUCCGGAAAAGGAAACGCCGACUUCCAAAUUUAGGCGAAGACGGUAAGCGUAACAAGUUAGAGAACGUUACAGGCCCUGGCCCAAUUUCGACAUCCGUGCCAACAACCAGCGAUCCAUCUCACAAUACAGUUGAUAAUUGUGUGGAUGAUAGUGGAGCACUUGCAUCUAAUAAUAUUGAUCAAGUUCAAGAACCAGAUGUAUUCAGAUGCUUAUCUUGUUUCAGCAUCUUCAUUCCCUCAGGUAAUGGCUUUAAGUUGUUCCGCAUGAUUAGAGAUAAGAGUGACGAGGAUAAUUUGCAAGAUCCUCCACAAACACAAGUUUUGAAGAAAAGCUGGUUUUCUACUCUUUUUCAGUCAGAUAAAAGAGUCAUAACUAGUGCAGAUGUGGAAACAGAUGACACUGAAGUGCUUAUUCCUUCAAAGUCCACGAGGCAACAAAAUGGUAGUGUCUCAUCAAUGCAUGUAUCUUCCUCGCAUGCUUAUACAGAUUUAAAUGGAGAACCUGUAAAGAGUAGUAACAAAGAAUCUGUGGAAGGUGGAACCGAUAAUAUAUCUCCUCAAAAAAUCAGUCUGGCGGAACCUGGAAGCAUAAAUAAUUGUAAAGAUCAAGUUUCUAUGAACUUGAAUGAGGAGAAUGGGGAAGCCUCACCAAACAAAUCUCCCUCACAUGAAAUUUACACUGAUGAAGGAAGUGUCUGGAGUGAAAUUAGUGGAUCCAAGGAAGGUGGCACUAAUGUUUUAUCACCUUCAUACUACGAGGCGCCGCUUAAUCGUCAAGGUGAACAUCCAGAAAUAACUCUGGCAGACAUCCCACCAACUUCUACCAGAGAAGCUGCGGAACUUUCUACCUUUAAACCUCAAGAAAAUGGGCUCAAGUUUUUUAUCCCUUUUGGCGUCAGUUCUAUUACUGUUGAGACUUCCAAAACAGACCAAAAGGUCAAUGGAACAAUACCAAAUAAAGGUUCAGAUGAGAAGGAUACGGCUUUUCUAUUACAGACACCUUUAUCAUUCCUUGAAGAAUCAUUCACAGACAGCAAAGUGAAUGUAACUCUAAGUAUAUCUCCUCAAAAUGAGCAAAUUGGUGGUGCAUCCCUUCUAUCUGAAUUUGCAACACAAAUCAAAUUUGGAGAAGUUACAACAAAUAAUAAAGAAAAUAUCUAUUAUUCUGAAGAUUAUCGACAAACACACACAAAGAAAGCAGAGGCAUACACAGAUGAACCCUUGAAAGCUGAUCAAACUGCCCCAAUUCCAGUAAUCCAGAACAAUCUAUUACUUCAUGGAAGACAGAUUAAUCUUAGAAACACCUUUAAGGAUACAGCUGCUCAAAAAGGUUCAGUCAGUGACACAAUAAUGGUGGUUGCAACCAGUCAAACUGAAGACCCUGAUGCUCAAAGAGUGCAGGAUUUAACUAAUCCAGCAGAAACUGAAAAUUUGCAACAUCUUGAGACUCGAAUCCAAAUAAAUGAACAAAGCGACAUAUCUGCAGAAGGAAUUCGGGGUCUGGAGAUUAUAAAAAGCAUUGUGUAUGGAGGAUUAGUGGAAUCAAUAUCAAGCCUCGGAGUUGUGUCAUCGGCGGCUGGCUCUGAUGCUGCCACAUUGAAUGUUCUGGCUCUGGGAUUGGCUACUCUUAUUGGAGGGCUAAUUAUUAUUGGUCACAAUCUUUGGGAACUGGAAAAUGAUAAGAAGACGGAAGCUUCUGAUCAUUUAGAUAAGCGAGUAGACAGGUACCAUGAACUACUGGGCCACAGAAGAAAUUUUCUACUUCAUGCAGUCUUUGCUGUUCUAUCAUUCCUUACAUUUGGCUUAAUUCCUCCUAUUACCUAUGGCUUCUCUUUCCGAUCGAGUGAUGACAGGAACCUCAAGCUUGUAAUGGUUGCAGCAUCUUCGCUGUCAGCCAUUAUUAUACUAGCCUGUGGAAAGGCAUAUGUUAAGAGAACACCAAAAUCUUAUAUGAAAACUGUACUGUACUGUGUUAUGAUGGGGCUGAUGGUCUCGGGCAUUUCUUAUGAAGCUGGUAACCUGAUCAAUAUGUUCCUGAAGAAGCUUGAUGUAUUCCAUUCAAGCUUUGUUGUCACGCAAGAGACUCGAGUAAUGAAACCAGGGUGGGCAUCCUAUUGAUACAGUAACAUGGCUCAGGCCUAUGACAAUGCUGAACAAGCUCUUUACAUGUAUACUUACUGGGCUCGUAUUCCCCAGCUUAACAAGUGGUCUUUCACAAGAGAUUAACCUUCCAUGGAUAAAUUAAUGUUGCUUCUUGUAAUCCUCUCUAGCCAUCUUUCAAAUAACAUUAUGUUUUGCCAUGGGAAUCAGGUAAUUUAACGUGACAGUUAUCAUCACAGAUUAUCUACCACUAAAGGGAACAGUAACAUUGCAGUAGUUGAUUGUUAUGUUCUAAAAAAUGCGAUGCCAAAUAUUGUUGAAGAUUGCUACAGGCUACAGAGUAGAGGAAUACAUUUAUGCUCAGCUCGGUGCAGCAUUUCGCGUAUCUUCCUCUUACCAAACCACAUUUUGCAAAAUCCAUAUCCAAUAAAUCGCUAAUAACCCCACUGGGUUAAUUCUAGUCCAUAAGAUGUAUCUUCUAGAGAGGUGCGCAAAGAAAAAGGUGACAACCUCAAUUUCGUCAAAAAGAUAUAUCUUCUGGAGAGGGGGUAAAUAAAACGGCCGCAACCCUCAAUUUCUUCAAGGGUGGGCUAAUCGCAGAAAAAUUACGGAAUCGGGCCAGGCAAUUAAGCAACAUUUAUUUGUUUUUUGUCACGAGCAUCCUUACAUUUACGAAUAGAGGCUGGUUUUCUACCAGCAUACUGGGACCACAUUUUCUGAUUACUCAUGAUCAAGUCGUUCCUUCCUGUGAUCAAAAUUUACAUAACAAUUUCGUCAUUUGUCUAAAUUUAUUUUUCAAAAAUAAAAGCUUAUUUCUGGAGAAAAAUAUUUAUAAUUCUACCUUUUCCUAAAAUAAAUCCUUAUUUUUUCUGCUAACUAGCGAAUAUAAAACACUUAACAUAUAUGAUAUCUAUCUAAAAAAAUUACUCCCUCCGUCCCUCUCAUUUCUUUACAGUUUUUUCACACUGCUCGACACGCAUUUCAAGACGCAUAUAUAAUAUAGUUCUAUAACUUAUUUUUUGAAAUUUUCCUUUUUUGUAUAAAAAUUUGAAUAUCAAAUCUUUAUUCAGAAGAAAAAAAAAAGUUCAAAAUAAUUUAUUGAACUACGUUUUACGAGAGCAUUAGAAUGCGUGCCGAGCCCCCGUCUCCCGAUGUAAACAAAUGAGGGGGAUGGAGGGAGUAUAAAAUAAUACAUUUUUAAAAAAAGGGAAGCCCUUAAAUUUUCAAAAAAAAAAAGCUCCUGAAUGGAAAUUUGAUAUCCAGCAUUCUUCUAGACACAAUGACAAUUUUAUUAUAAAACGGAUACUGGAGAGAUAUUAAAACUCUACAUAACAUUUGUCAAAAAAAAAAAAAAAAAACCUCUAUAUGACCAACUAGAUAAACACAUAAACACCAGCCUUUUAAUUUAUUAAUAAUUAGCCAAAUGCUGUAUAGUACUGGGAUGGGGAUUUUUACCAAUUGCAAGUCGGAAAUUCAACACUGGACUAGUAAAACACAAAGGCAAGUAUAAAAUACUUAAAGAGAAACAUCAAAAACUGUAAACUUGGCUUUAUUAAUUAUUAUAGCACCUGAACAAUUGCACACAGAAAAUGUUAUUACAUUUACAUGUUCACAACAGAUACCAACUCUUAAAAAAAAAAAAAAGAA